AUGAUGAACAACACCAUCAAGUUUGCCGUCUGGUUCUUGGCGAUGUUGACCCUCACUAUCGGGUUCCUCUUCACCACCGCCGGCCCAACCUUCGCCACGAUCGACUCGACCGUUCGCAUGGAGCAGUCGAUCGUACCUCAGGCCAGCUUCGCUUCGACCAGCGACCACCACUUCUGGUCGUUGUUGGUGGCGAAGUCUGCCCGCUCCAUGAAGGAGGUUCCGCCGUUCCGCGUCGGCCGCCAUUACAUCACGACGGAGAAGAGUCUGUGGACUCUUUCGGUCCAGCAACGACACCACUACACCAUGUGUGUGGUGCUGUUCGACAUGGUGGUCAUCGCGUUGAUCGCCACCGUUCUCACCAAGGCCACCAACCAAUGGGCGGCCCACUUGCUGGCCAUUGUCGAGGCGGCAGUUGAGACGGCCAAGAGGGCCAAGGAGCUGGCCGAGGCCCCCAAGAUCACUGCCGAGGAGACGCACCCGCUCGCCCCCCAAGAAGAGAUCCCCACCAAGGAGACGCGCCCGCUCGCCAGCCUGCUCAAGGAGGCCAAAGGCGAGAUCGCCUGCCUCAGCACGGCGAUGCCGUGA